AUGUUUCCCUCGCGCAUCACGACGCCCCUCCCGUCCGAUCCGCAGUCCGAAGACAUCUUCUCGUCGGCCCUCUCGAGCCUGUUCACCGACGUCGUGCAAAAUAACCACGGCGUCCCCGGCGGCCAUCUGAUCUAUCACUCGCCGCGGUUCGGAAAAAUCGACCUGAGGAUCCCGCAGUACCCGCAUGUCGAGGAGGGGAGGAGGCUUUUCGCGCAUUACUUGUGGAACGCGGCCGUGAUCGCGGCGGAUGGGUUGGAGACGGCGAGUUCCGAUGAAGGGCUCGGAUCGCACAGCGACGGACAUGGGGCACAGGAGGCCCUAGAAUGGGAGAAGAGAUACUGGGAUGUCAGAGGGAAGCGAAUUCUUGAACUGGGCGCUGGCACGGCCUUGCCAUCCAUCAUCUCUGCCCGCUCUGGCGCGCUCUCGGCAACCAUCACAGACCACCCGUCUUCGCCCGCUUUGACCACCGGCGCCAUCGCACAGAAUGUUCGGACAAACAUCACCGAACGAUCGGAAUCGGGUGAAGCAGACACCAAGUCUUCAUCGACUUCGCCGUCGAAGUCAGGACCGGUCGAUAUAUUCGGCUACACGUGGGGCACGACGACCAUGUACAUGCCAUCGCGAUACGGUAAACGGGCCGAGCAACAGCCCAUAGAUUUUGACCGUAUCGUCAUAGCAGACUGUCUCUGGAUGCGCUCUCAGCACGUCAACCUCGUCAGGACCAUCCUGCACUAUCUCCGCCGAGAAGACCGCUCGCAGCACCCCGCAAGUCCUACCGAGAGUUGUGCGUUGGUGGUUGCCGGCUUCCACACCGGCCGCGAGACCGUGCGGCAUUUCUUCGAGGCAGCAGAAGACGUCACGGGCCAUCUUCGCGCCGCAGAGAUCUUCGAGAUCGAUGUGAACGGCCUUCGCAGGCCCUGGGGGCCCGUCCGGACCGGGGAGAAUAAAGACCAGGCCCAGAGGUGGUGUGUUGUCGCCGUGCUUGUACGAAGAUGA